CAGAAGUGCGGACUACACGUCCCACAAUGCGCCGCCUACCCUUGCCUAGCCGCCCCCAGCCCCUGCUCUCCGGAGACCCCGCCGGCGAUCGCCUCGACCCCUUCCCGGCGCUCCGUGCGCCGUGCGCGGCGCUCUCGCUCUCGCGGUGACCCGGUGAGCGUGAGGUCAAGGUGCGGGGAGGAGCGGCUCGGGGCCGAGGCGCCAUGCGGAGGGGCGAGCGCCGGGGCGCCGGGGCGCCGCGGCCGGGGUCCCCUGUGCCCGCGGGCAAGGCCGCGCUGGAGGAGCCGCCGGAUAGCCCGCCCGCCGGCCGCCGCAGCACCGAGUCCGAGGUCUACGACGACGGCACCAACACCUUCUUCUGGCGCGCGCACACCCUGACCGUGCUCUUCAUCCUCACCUGCGUGCUGGGCUACGUGACUCUGCUGGAGGAGACGCCUCAGGACACGGCCUACAACACCAAGAGAGGUAUUGUGGCCAGUAUUUUGGUUUUCUUAUGUUUUGGAGUCACACAAGCUAAAGACGGGCCAUUUUCCAGACCUCAUCCAGCGUACUGGAGGUUCUGGCUGUGUGUCAGCGUGGUCUACGAGCUGUUCCUCAUCUUCAUCCUCUUCCAGACGGUGCAGGAUGGCCGCCAGUUUCUGAAGUACGUUGACCCCAGGCUGGGGGUUCCGCUGCCGGAGAGGGACUAUGGGGGGAACUGCCUCAUCUACGACGCAGACAACGAGACAGACCCCUUCCACAACGUCUGGGACAAGCUGGAUGGCUUCGUGCCCGCGCACUUUUUUGGCUGGUACUUGAAGACCCUGAUGAUCCGCGACUGGUGGACGUGCACCAUCGUGAGCGUGAUGUUCGAGUUCCUGGAGUACAGCCUGGAGCACCAGCUGCCCAACUUCAGCGAGUGCUGGUGGGACCACUGGAUCAUGGACGUGCUGAUCUGCAAUGGGCUGGGCAUCUACUGCGGCAUGAAGACCCUCAAGUGGCUGUCCCUGAAGACGUACAAGUGGCAGGGCCUCUGGAACAUUCCGACCUACAAGGGCAAGAUGAAGAGGAUCGCUUUCCAGUUCACGCCCUACAGCUGGGUCCGCUUCGAGUGGAAGCCCGCCUCCAGCCUGCGCCGCUGGCUGGCCGUGUGCGGCAUCAUCCUGGUGUUUCUGUUGGCAGAGCUGAACACCUUCUACCUGAAGUUCGUGCUGUGGCUGCCCCCGGAGCACUCCCUGGUCCUGCUGCGGCUGGUGUUCUUCGUGAACGUGGGCGGCGUGGCCAUGCGCGAGAUCUACGACUUCAUGGACGACCCGAAGCCACACAAGAAGCUGGGCCAGCAGGCCUGGCUGGUGGCCGCCAUCACGGCCACGGAGCUGCUCAUCGUGGUCAAGUACGACCCGCAGACGCUGACGCUGUCCCUGCCCUUCUACAUCGCCCAGUGCUGGACGCUCGGCUCCGUGCUGGUGCUCACCUGGACCGUCUGGCGCUUCUUCCUGCGGGACAUCACCCUGCGGUACAAGGAGACCCGGCGGCAGAAGCAGCAGAGCAGCAGUGACCAGGGCAACACUGUUGGCCACGUGGACAGGCACCCGUCUGGGCCGGACAGCCCCUCAGGGCCCCUGGAGGCUGAGAGGGAGGGGGCACCGGCUCUGAACUGACCUGCUCCCCACACCCGCCAGGACACAGGUUGUGUCCCUUCCUCCUCCGAUUCCUGUCAGGAGCCUCCGACAGGCCUCCCUCUCCCCCAGCAACAGCAAGGCUCGGCGGCAUGGAGGAGGCCGUCCCACAGGGCUGGUGUGCGGUGGCCUGUGUGCACGUGUGUGCACUUCGUGGGCUCUGGGCUCCUGGCUUCUCAGCGACGGUGUGGCUGGGGCGCGCCCUGGGCAGUGGCCCCCUUUCUGUUGGUCUGCCCACAGCCCUCUGGCCACACCGAGCCCCGGCGCCUAGAGGGCCAGGCCCUGAUCCCCAAAAGCCCCUCUGCCCCGCGCCCACGUGUUCCUGAGGGUGGUCCACCAGCUCCUGAGAUGGCCGAGACGGGCAGAUCCGAGCUGCAGCCCUGAGCCGUUUCCUUGGAGCCUUCCGCCAGCCCAGCUGACGCAGAGGGCGUGGGGGGCGGGGCCAGACCCUCAGCCCUGUGCCCAAGGUUGGAAGGAGGGGUCCUGGGUUUCUGGCCCCAAGUGGGUCAUCUCCUUGAGCAGACAGAACAAAUAAAUGGCGAUGGUCUGA